CUCCCGCCAAAAAUGAGAAUAGCCGAGCUCACAUCGCCGGAGAUCCGGCCGAGCCACCACGACUCUCUGUCUCAACUUCUCUCGCAACUAGAAGCUUCAAUCAAUCAAUGCGAACUCCUAUCGCCGGAAAAACCCUUUCCGACGAACCUCUCAUCCGAUCUCCGGUCGACUCUCUCUCAAUUGAGCUCUCUCGUCCCGUUCUCUAACUCCAUCAAGCUUCAGAUCUGGAAACUCAGUUACCGUCUCUGGAACGCCUGCGUCGACCUGUCCAAUGUCGCCGGAGUCCGGUCCUCCGGCGAUAAGGUUGGUGAGGAAGUGGUCAAGCUCCGGCAGGUCUCCGCCGACAUGCUUCUCCUCGCCGGAAAUGUCGCUGGAGUUCCCUCGCCGGCACUGAAGUCCGCAUCUUUCUACUACAAGACCGGCUUGAUCUGGCACGAACUUCGCCGAUUCGAUCUCGCCGCGUCUUGCUUUGAGAAAGCCACCGAUCUCACCUCGAAGCUCGACGCCGCUACAAUCUCCGAUGCCGGGGAGCGAAAACUGCUAUUGGAUCUCAACAUUGCGAGAUCUCGGACAGCGUGGGACGUUUUGGACCGAAAUCUCGCGGUUACGUUGCUGAACCGCGCGAAAAAUUUACUUUUCGGAUCUGCGGAGCACUACAAAGCGCUCGCGAACCAAUAUUUGGUUUUUGGGAAGAGUGCAUUGUCGAAAAUUGAAGGCUGUGGUGUGAAGGAGGCUCUGAAGCUGAUGAACGAAGCGUUGGAUCUGUUCGAGAAGGGAUUGAGUACAGCGAGAACACGAAACGGAACCGAAGAUCUCAAGGCUUUGAGAUCGAAGUGUCUCCGCUUCAUCGCAGCUGUUCAUUUGCAGGGAGAAGAGUUCGAGAGUGUUCUGAAGUGCAUUAGGGUUUUGAGAGAAGGCGAUGGCGAUCGGCAUCCGUGCUUGCCUGUGCUGGCGAUGAAGGCGUGGUUAGGUUUAGGAAGGUAUGGAGAGGCAGAGAAGGAGCUGAGGGGUAUGGUUGUGAACAAGGGUGUUCCGGAGGGCAUUUGGGUGUCGGCGAUAGAGGCAUACUUUGAGGCUGCGGGGACGGCGGGGGCGGAGACAGCCAAGGGCUUGUUUUUGGGUCUUUUAGGGCGGUGCCAUGUCAGUGCCGGAGCUGCAGUGAGGAUAGCGCAUAGAGUCGUGGGUGAAGGCGGUGGCGGUGAGGGGGCUCGGGCGAGAGCCAAGGUGGUGGCCGAGCUAGUGUCGGAUGAGAGGGUGGUGGCACUGUUUGCUGGCGAGGCAGCGGCCAAGGAUAGGACUGCAAUGCAUGCUGUUCUGUGGAACUGCGCUGCAGAUCACUUUCUCUUGAAGGACUACGUAACAAGCGCAGAGAUGUUUGAAAAGUCCAUGCUUUAUGUCCCUUAUAACAUAGAAAAUAGAAUUCUCCGAGCAAAGGGCUUUAGAGUUUUGUGCCUAUGCCACCUUGGCCUAUCCCAGUUAGAUCAAGCUCAAGAAUACAUCAAUGAGGCAGAAAAGCUUGAGCCCAACAUAGCCUGUGCUUUCCUUAAGUUCAAGAUCUAUCUUCAAAAGAGUGACCAUAAUGCUGCUAUUAGUCAGAUGCAAGGAAUGACAACCUGCAUUGACUUCACUCCGGAUUUCCUCUCACUUUCAGCCCAUGAAGCCAUUGCUUGUCGUGCUAUUCCUGUUGCUGUUGCCUCUCUUGCCAAUCUUCUAAACUUCUACUCCUCAGGAAAACCCAUGCCCACGACAGAAGUUGCAGUGCUACGCACCCUAGUCACAAUCCUCACUCAGGACUCUGGCUAUGAGCAGGAGAUCCUCAAAUUCAUGAAACGAGCUCAUUUGCGGAUAUCUGAGCUUGGGCCCGACUGCUUCUUUGGAAAAGGGGAGGUUGGAAGACGAGAGCGGAAUUGGUUUGCUGUGAAUGCAUGGAAUUUUGGGACAAAUACAGGGAAGGAGAAAAACUAUGACGUAUGUGCAGAAUUCUUGAGAUUGGCAUCGGAAUUUUACAGUGUUGUGCUUGAUGGGGAAAUGGAGGAAAACAAUGUCAUGGUAUGCAAAUCAUUGACAUUGACUGUCUCCGCCAUGCUGGCUGCUGAGAAACAAAGGCAGGCUCGAUUGCUGGACACUGAAGUAAAACAAGCCAUUAAACUGCUAGAACGGGCUGGCAAGAUUUUGUCCUCUAUCUCAUCUGGGACCCAACUAGACGAUGAGCAAGUUACCAUCAUUAAGCCCAACCUCUUUUUCAUAUACACCUUCAAUGCCUACGAUCUUCACGGAAGGCUUAAUGACCUGGGAUCCCAACAGCUCCUGCUUGUAAAGAGCUUUGCCUCCUCAAAGUUCUGCAAUCCCAACCACCUCCUUCAGAUAGGCCUCAAUGCCUCAGAAGGCCCCCAAUCCAACCAUGAAGUAGCCACAUUUGCCUUAACUGAGUGCCUCUCAGCCUUUGUCUCUUCUCCCUCACCAGACUACCAAAACAUAGCUCUAGUUGUCCGGAGGCUAAUCUCAGUAGCCAGCAUUCACAGGGGUGACACAGAUGACGAUGCUGUGUAUGCUAUGUACAAGCAAGCGUAUCGAAUCAUGGUUGGUCUCAAAGAUGGUGAGUAUCCCACGGAUGAGGGGAAAUGGCUCGCCAUUACGGCAUGGAACCGGGCAGCCAUGCCAGUGUGUCUGGGACAGGCUGAUGCUGCUAAGAAAUGGAUGAAUAUGGGAUUGGAAGUGGCAUCCAAGGUGGCAGGAAUGGACACAUACAGGGCAUGCAUGGAGGAUUUUGUGGCUGCCUUUGCAAAGAAAUAUGCUCAGGUUGAUGAUGGUGAAAGCAAGUCUCAGCAAGUGGUAUGAUUGUAUGUACAGAAGAUUAUUGGCAUUUUCUCAACUUCUUUUUCUAGUACAGGCUUUCUCCUUUUCUACUUGUAUGUAGAUUUGCCUUUAGGAGGUCGAAGAACAUUCAAGCUAAGUAGCCACUCGUUGAUUUGCUUCUUCAUCACUAA